AUGGACAGGCUUGAUGAAGAGAGUGCGGAUCUUGAUUUUCUUGAAGAAAAUUUGAAAAAGACCGAAGCUUUGACAGAAAAGAUGACCAGCAUGCUUAAUGUAUUUGAUGAUCGAUUAGUGAGAUUGGAAGCCUCGAUCCUGCCAAUUCAUAAGUCGACACAAACAUUAACUAAGUUGGAAGAUAAUAUCGACAAGACGCGUAAUGGAGUUUUGGAGAUCAUUGGAUAUUUUGAUCUGGUGGAAAAAGAGGAAAUGACAAUAAAAAAAGGAAUAAAUGAAGAUGAAUUGGAUCUAUAUUUAAAUUCUAUUGGAAAAUGUAAAAAAGCAAUGGAAGUUUUGGGUGGGAUGAGAUUAAAGAGUAGUGAAAAAGUUAUUGGACAGUUGAAACAAAUUUUAAAGGCUGGCAUGAUACAAUUGGAAGAACAUUUUCGCUUAUGUUUAUCAAACAGAAGCAACACAAUUGAACCACUUUCUUAUAUAACAAAAAAUCUUGAUAUUCCUGGAAUACCAAAUGGUCCUUUGCAAAACCUUGCGACAUUAUCUUCAUACCUUUCAACUUCCGGUCCAGAACUUGGCUACAAUAGUGAUUUUGUAAAAGCAUAUAUCGAAGUACGAUCAAAUUAUCUUGCGAAAUCAUUAAAUAUGUUAGCACAAGGAUCUAUUAGCACUGCGGAAAAAAGAAGUACCCUAGUAUAUGAAAAAGGAACUUGUGGGUUUAACUCAUAUACUGAUGCCAUAUUAAGAAUGUUCAAGACAGAAUAUGAAAUAGCCGAUAAAAUACUUCCCCCAGGAAGUGUUAUGUCUGGAUUCAGAGGUGCCAUACAAAUGCCUUUAGAUAAUUAUGUUGAAACUGGUAGGACAUUAAAUAAUCGCGUGAAAAAAAAUAUGCAAACGGACAUUUUUUUGGCUUUUGAUAUGAUGGAAUCAUUGAAUAAAAAUGUUGGUUCUUUCGAGGAAUUUUUUAGGCUUGCAGGAAAAAAAGAUUCAUCAUAUGGUGAUCUCUUGCAUUCAUUGAGAGCAAAUCAUCGAACAAAAACGACAAAUCUUCCAAAUGACGGUACCGUUCAUGAGUUGACAAUAACAACUUUACAACACCUAAAGCGAUUAACUGAUUAUCAGGAAACAGUUGAAACUAUGUUGUUGACUUUAGGAGAUGGUAAUUGGAAUGUUCCAGAGAAAGAACCGAAUUUUUCACGAGAUAGAACAGUACAUGAUAUUGGAUACAAAUACGAGAAAAUGGUGAAAAGAUAUAAUGAUGGAUAUCUUGAUACAUGGAAACCGUGUUUUGCAAAUCUCAUGGAUUCAGUGGUUCGAGGUGGGACAUUAAAGACCGCAUUAUCCAACGAAAAAGGAAAUGUUAAAGAAAAAUUCAAGAAUUUCAACACAGAUUUUGAAGAAAUGUACAAAGUACAUAAGGGAUAUGCGAUACCUGAUCUUGAAUUACGUUCACAGGUUAUUAAAGAUAUCAAGAGUGUUUUAAUGCCAAUGUAUAUUCGUUUCUUAGAUAAAUAUCAACAAACAGAGUUUUCCAAAAAUCCUACAAAAUAUAUCAAAUAUGAUCCACAAUCUUUGGAGAAUAUGGUUAAUAGGUUAUUCGAUGGAUCUAUAUAUUAA